AAUGAACAUUAUCACUCGACUUACGAUUUUUUUUUUUUUUAUAUAUCAUAAUCUUUUAAUAGUGAUGAGGUUCCAGAUUUUAUGCUAAUGGUAACAUAAGUUCUUUAGUAUUCGAAUUUUGGAUUAAGAAAAGAAGUACUAGCCCAAUACUACAAAAAGAAUUUCAGGAAGAAGCUUUUUUUUCUUUAUUGAUUCCACUAAUAGGAUUGUCAAUUGAAAAGAACUAGAAUAUUUCAACCAUCAUCAGAGCAAACUACAUGGAUAUUAAAUUUACUCUAGUCGUGAGAAAUAGCCCGUUCAAGCUCCAUCAUUUCAUCAUUAUCUUUGGCAAACUUAAUCGGUUUCUAAGAAGUAUAUGAUACAUUUUCAUAUCACAAAACAGAACAAUAAAAAAUUGCAUUAUUAUCUUCAUCUCGAGAAUGUUGGAAUUUCUUCAUUUAAUCAUUCACUCCAUCAUUCAUAUGUCUGUACUUGGAGUAAAUGUGGAUAUCAGUACUUAUAUUUCUUUGGAUCUAUCCUCGUCAGCAGAAGAAUCUAUACGUUGUUUUGAGACGGAAGGCGCAAGGCUACUUGUUGCAAAUAAGGGAAAACAGGAAACUGACAAAUUUGAUGAGAUCAUUUCUUGUGACCAAAUUUUAAUAAAUGAAACUACAAUCGGAUCGGAAAUUAUGCCUCACGUGAAAGUAGCAUUAACUAUAUCAUCAAACAGCUUUUCAAUAGCUGUUGGGCAACUUGGCGAAAUAUCGCUUUGCUCUCCUCAUCAUUUGCUUGAAUGUCAAGAUUCCGUUUAUAGUUCCGGAGAAUGCAAAAUGUCGAACUAUGGAAGAUACUUGGAGAAAUUGCCCAACCCUUCUGGGACUUGUCCAAACAAACACAUGGAUGUGAUGUUCGUAAUGGAUGGUUCAAGAUCAGUUAACGUUGAUCAACCGGAUAACUUUCAGAUGGCUAAAAAUUGGGUCCGUGACGUCACAAGUCGACUAGGUCUUUCAGCCAAUGGAAAGGUAUCUGUUGGUGUGGUGCAAUACUCGCACUAUUAUGUUCACAGGCAGCCGGAUGACCAACCUAACAUGGUGACAGAAAUUAAAUUAGGAGAAUACACCAACACAGAAGAUUUUUCAAAAGCUUUAGAUCAAAUAAAACUCCAAGGUUUGACAACAUUCACUGCGCAUGCUUUGAUAAAAACCGUUGAAGAUUUUAAAACUUCUCCGUACUACUAUGAUCCAAUGAAUAAGAAGAUUCUAAUUUUGAUUACAGACGGAAGGUCAAAUGACUGGUAUCUGCUAAAUAAGAAUGCUGAAAUCCUACGCUCUUUAAAUAUAACUUGCUUCGCUGUAGGAGUGAAAAACGCCGCAGUGCAAGAAUUACAGGUCGUUGCAGCUUCAGACGAUCGUGUGUUCUCAGUCAAUGAUUUUAACUCUCUUCCAGAAAUUGUUGACACUUUGUUGGACCAGGUUAAACUCACUUUUCUCGAAGGUACCAGUGCUGGCGUUGCUGACAAUCUUCUCAAUGCCCAGAUUGGCUUCUCUGUUGUGUAUGGGCAGGUGGUAGGAUUUUGGUUGCAGACGUGUUUCGAAUUGUCAUUAAUAUCGUCGUAUCGCACACUUGCAAAUCUAUACCCAGUGUUCAAAUCGUUUAAGUAAGUAUACGAGGUGGGAUUCUUGUUGUUUUCCGGGUUGGUAUAUUUAUCAUACUCUUGACAAGAAGGUUUGAGUAGGCAUAGGAAAGGAGAUUCAUACAGGUGGAACACGGCAUUUUGGAAACCCGCUUCGUUAUACCUACCCCGAGUCCUGAGUAAACAGGCACGUGUUGAAUAUUGUAUUUGUAUUGAUUGAUGGGUGAGUAGACAAUUCUAGCAAGCUGGUGGCCACGGUGGCUAUUCCCACGGAAGAAAAGUUUUUGGGGUCUCGGUAUUGGUGCUUGAACUUUGAUAAAAAUUGUGAUAGCCGGGAGUUGCAUGAUGAGCGGCCAACGGCAUUAUCGCCAUUUUCACUUUAGUAGUCCAUAACAUACACAGCGAAAUGAUUGAAAGGGUCGGUCGGCCGUCGGGUAUUGGUGUAGCAAGUUAGGGCGUUCUCUCAGUUAGACCAUGGGCACAAUUAAGUAGCCCUUGCGUGAUGUCGGGCAUGUAAUGAUUGAAGGACGUAGGUAGUUAAUUCAAUAUACAUACUUUGAUAUGAAUAGACGCAAUACCGUAAUGGAAGUAAGUUGUUUUUUAUUAUUUUGUCUGGCAAUUUGUUAACCUUGAUAAAAUAAAUUAAAACUUUUUUAAAGACUCGAAAAGUUUGAGUUUACUUUAAUACACUCUGCGAAGGCUUGCAUACGUCGAAGUUUUCGCUAUUUGAAUUUCUCUUCUCGGUGCUGACGUCAGAAGCAAAAUGUUUUAUACGAGUACAUUUCUUCAAAUCCGAGACGAAGCCAUAACUUAUGCUUUGUGGUAUAAUUUCGACGCUGGCCCGUGGUUGUGUCUGGGUUGUUUUGUGUCGGAGCAUUCACCCAUGUUUAUGGCCUCAUCAAAUAAGUCGGUCUGUGUAGAGCUCCAGAAUUUCCAGCAUUUCAGUUGAG